AUGAGCGAUAGCCCAUAUUACGCUGACUAUACCUCUCAGCACCAAGAGCUCGAACCAUGGGAACAAGAUUCUCAAUAUUCCCCUCCUACGCCAGGACACUUCCGGAGCCCUUAUACUACACGGUCCAACUAUAGUCCCUCCCCAUCCACCUUCCUCGACGAUCAAUCCAGUCCCGCAAGCCGACGUCUACCAAAUGCUUUACCACUGCUCCGGGAAUCUGAGUGGGAGGAGGACAAGAUCUACGAUGAGGAUCCACCUAGCUGUAUACACUACUUCAUAGAAUGGCGGGUCACCGUCAACAAUAAGGCCGUGGUGAAGGACACGGAAGAAGACCUAGUUUUGGCCCCAAGCGCUUACUGGCAGCGAUUUCUGGAAAAGAAGCUGCUAACUGUCCUUGGACAGAAGGUCUCUCGCAACAAAAGGGUCAGGGCUGAUGACACUGCGAUUGUUGUGUCAGUCAAUGACCGUUCUCAGCGUGAUCUGACCAAGCGUUUCAACAAGACCGACAUUGUUUGGACUGCCAUCGAGAAACAGCUCCGGAUGUGGUCGAGUCACUUCUGUCGGGGCAAGAGACUCACGCUGAGGAUCUCUUUCAACUACGUAGAGGAUGACACUUCUCCAUCCGCUGGACGGAACGGGGAGAAGAGAGGUAAAUCUUCUGUCACAAAAAGGAUGCUUGGUGAUCGCGAUGCCCAGCUAGAUGCUGAAGAAAAUGCAUGCGGUGAGCACCCAAUUUGGCGACGCGUGUAUGCCCUGAUGAAAUGUGAUUCAAGUGCAUGCCAUUUGGGCCCCUACUGUUGGCUGGAUCCAGUAGGGAAAAAGCAUUAUCGACUCCGCACUCAAACCCUCAGAAGAUUGGUUACCUACGCCGAGAAAGGUGGUGUCCUGGAGUCGCACAAAGAUGUUCCUGAUGAGAUCCAAGAAGAGUUAUACAUGGAGGAGCAGCAGAGGCUGGAGAAAGAAAAGCGCAAAGGGGGUAACAUUGCCGGGCCUGGAACGCCGUAUCCACCUAUCAACAUCAAUGUUCUCCCGUCCCACCCUGCUGGGGUUGACAUAACGGCUCCGACUGUUGGCUCAGCUGAGUCAAAGGAUGUGAGCCCAUUGAAAAUUCCCGGAUUCAGAGACGUUGCUGUCAAAGAAUACGGUGAGUGGCUUGCAUCGAAUGUUUCUGAUGAAACCCUCAAAGCUGCAUUUCGACAAGCGUCCGACGUAACGCUAUCAGAUGGCUUUGACCUUGAGCACAUCUACAAGGAUCAAAACCCAGAAUUCUUCGUCGGUAAGGGGAUCAAACCCGGAAUUGCCCGAAGUUUUGUAGAAAAUAUCCGCGACUGGGUGGAGAACGUGAAGAAGGCAGUACCCGUUCUUGAAGUGGUGUAG